AUAUAUAAAAUGAAAGUUUAAGAAAAAAAGAAAAAAUAUCAGCUUCCUUCUAAACAGUACAGAGGGGCAGCAACAAUGGAUUUCUUCGACGAAGACAGGCCUAGAUUCGUCUUCCAAUCUCGUCCUUCGUCUUCUCACACGACGGAGGAUGAAGAAGAACCUAGAAUCCCUAACAAGAUCUUCAUAUCAAUCUCCGUCGCUGUUUCUCUCAUCAUACUGUCUCUCUCCUUCUUCUACUUCGAAUCCGAGCCUGCCAAAUCGCUUCUCUUAUGGCUUUCCCUCUCCUUCCUCGUCGGUCCUUUCGCUCCUAGCUCGAUCACCGGCGGUAAGAUUCGCGUCGGUUAUGGCCAGAUCUUGGAGCCAGAGCAGAUCCACGAUGAGUCAUCGACUGAUAACGAACGCGAAUCGAGGAGGAAGUCUGUGAAUAAGCGAUCUAAAGGUACGACGAAGCAAGACAAUCCGCCGGAGAAUGCUUCUACGGUGACGGAAGCUUCGAGAAAAGUGGCGACUCCGAAGUCUAAGGAGAGUGGAUCUGUGAAUGAAACCAAAGAUUGGAGUGAAGAAGAAAUCGAGCUUUUGAAGAAGCAGUUGAUUAAGCAUCCAGCUGGUAAGCCUGGGAGAUGGGAAGUGGUGGCUUCAGCGUUCGGAGGAAGAUACAAGACAGAGAAUGUGAUCAAGAAAGCCAAAGAGAUCGGAGAGAAGAAGAUAUAUGAGAGUGAUGAUUAUGCUCAGUUUCUGAAGAAUAGGAAAGCUUCGGAUCCUAGAUUGAUUGACGAAAACGCUGAGGAUUCUGGAGCUGGUGGUGGUGAUGAUGAUGAAGCUAAUAAGGAAACUUGGAGUAAUGGAGAAGACAUUGCACUGCUCAAUGCUCUGAAAGCUUUUCCUAAGGAGGCAGCUAUGAGAUGGGAGAAGAUUGCAGCUGCUGUACCUGGGAAAACGAAGGCAGCUUGUAUGAAGAGAGUUACUGAGCUUAAAAAAGGGUUUAGGAGCUCUAAAACUCCAGCCAAUUAGCUAGAGGAGAAGGAAGCCAGUGAGUGAGAGGAAGCUUGUAACGUGAGGAAUCAUAGAAAUGAAGGUCUUGGCUCAUGUUCUAGAUGUUGGGGUCGCUUGCUUUUUGAUCCACUGGUUAUAUGAUUUACGGUUGCUAAAAGGACCCGAUUGGUUUUCAUGAAAGCUGUGUGUGCUAUUUUUCUAUGAAUCCCUGGCUUGCCUUUACAUCUGUUAGUUUCUGGUCAAAAUUAAAGGAUGGAAUGUAAUGCUUUGAAAAGAAUAAUACAAAAAGCAUAGUCUAAUGGGUUUGGCUAAGGGGAAAGAUACGAGGACUUAGCAUGGAACUGGUGUAGGUUCAUAGUUUGUUUUUUUUUUCAGUUAGUGAUGUCUAUCAUUGUAGAAAUUUAUUGUUAGGCUAACGAUCGGUUCACUUAAAACUCCAUGAACAUUACUAGUAUUUUAUUUUUGUUGGAGCAAACUAUGUUUACUAGUGUCUUGUCAAAUUUUGGAAUGGAGUGUCAUUGUUGAACAGAAUUAGGCCAAAGGCAGACUCUACCGGGUUUGCUAUGGGGAAAAUAGUAUGAAGCAUUAUAAAUUUAAUCUGAAGAGUUGAGUUGAUGAAAUGCUAACAACAUAUUCUUUCUGAUGUUUUAUAGGUUACUUAUAAAAUACAGAAAUAGGUUGCUUAACGUUAUAGAUAAGUUGCUGCUCUAGAAUUUAGAUCUCUUUUCAGAACAGCCGAGUAAUCAUAGAAACACUUGUGAACCGACUCAUUGAGUUCUCUGGCUCAUGUUGUUGAAGUUGGGGUGGCUUACUUUUUGAUCCACUGUUUUAUAUGAUCGAUGGUUGGUUAAAGACUCUUCAGGCAAUUUUUCCAUGUUUCUUAUAUGUCAUGUCAAACCCUACAGUUUCAUGAAAGCUGUGUCCUAGUUCCUGGCUAUCUUUUGAUUUUGCUAGUUAUUGGUUAAAUUUUGGUAUGGAAUGCGGUUAUUUGAACAGAAUAAUGCAAAAAGGCAUGUUUGGCUAGGGGAAAGAUGACAUGGAACUAGUUGUUUAUAGUAUUUGGUUUAAGAUGUCUGAGUAUAACUUGUAAAAUUUUUAUCCCUUUUGCUGAGUGAUGGUUUCACUUCACGAACUACUAUAAAACCUCCUAGAUCAUUGUAUUAGAAUCUUGGAGUCGUCUGUCACAUAAGUUUCGAUCUUUUGGGAAAGCGAAAUGCCUGCAAUUGAUUGUUUCUAAAUUAUUUUGGUAUGCAGAAUAAACCACAUGUAUGAUAUUAUAAGUAUGAGAUCGAACAGUGUAUACUUGGAAGUGGAAUCCACAGAAUCAAAUCA